AGUGGUAAGAAUCUUGAACAUUCAAGAUGCCCGAACCAGCGAAAUCUGCUCCUGCUCCAAAGAAGGGCUCCAAGAAGGCUGUGACAAAGGCGCAGAAGAAGGACGGUAAGAAGCGCAAGCGCAGCCGCAAGGAGAGCUAUUCCGUCUAUGUCUACAAGGUGCUGAAGCAGGUCCACCCCGACACUGGCAUCUCAUCCAAGGCGAUGGGCAUCAUGAACUCCUUCGUGAACGACAUCUUCGAGCGCAUCGCCGGCGAGGCUUCCCGCCUGGCGCACUACAACAAGCGCUCGACCAUCACCUCCAGGGAGAUCCAGACUGCCGUGCGCCUGCUGCUGCCUGGAGAGCUGGCCAAGCACGCCGUGUCGGAGGGCACCAAGGCUGUCACCAAGUACACCAGCUCCAAGUAAAUGGCUUACAGGCAGUGAAAACCAAAAGGCUCUUUUCAGAGCCACACAA